UUAAACUUAAGUGAUAUCGAGGGACAUACGGAGAUUUACUGUUAUUGCCAGUUCUAAUGUUGCAGGAUAUGUGUACACUCGGAGCAAAGAGAUAUCUUUUAUUAUUUUUUCUUGAAAUGAAAACUAUAUUCUUAUAGUCGGAUCGAUGAAAUUUUUAAUAAAAUGACAAUUGUUGGAUGUAAUAAGGAUUAUUAACAAAGAGCAAUAGAUUCAUUUGUCACUUCAAUUAAUUUAAUUCUUACGAUAUUUUCUCAGUUUUAAAUUCAUGGCAAAGUAUCUCACUUAUGAUAGAGUAUAAACAUAAUUUUACUAAAAAUAUUAUGCAAUGUACUUGGAAAAGGACAAUAUGAGAAUAAUUAUAAUUUUAAAUAUUUCUCGUGGAUAACAAUAAGCCAAUAUUCAAUAUGUUAUUCAGAUUAAGUAACUUUGCACGAAAAAGACCAUUACUCUUGAAUUCUAUAACAUAUGGCUUUUUUUAUACAUGCGCUGAAUUUGCACAACAAAGUUAUAAUAAAAAAUUCCAGAUUAUUCAACCGAUAUCCACAUAUGGAGUAGAACUACAGAAUAUCGAUAGACCAAUACUUUUGUGGUUACAAAAGUGCAAUAAUUUUUUAGGUUUAUUAGAUCAUGAAUCUUCUAUGUCCAUACAACAAUAUAAUUGGCCACGUCUUAAAAGAUAUGCUAUUUAUGGUUUUUUUUUAGCAGGACCAUUGUUGCAUGGAUGGUACAAGUGGUUAGAUACAUUUUACAAAGGCAAAUCUAUAAAAUUGGUUCUAACUAAGUUAUUUCUUGAUCAAUUUAUAUUAACACCACCACUGAUCUGUCUAUUCUUUAUCAGUAUGAGUUUGAUGGAAAGUAAAACUGAUAUUUUUGAAGAAUGUAAAACAAAGUUUCUUAAAACUUUUCAGACAUCAUGCCUAUUUUGGAUACCUGUACAAUUUUUCAAUUUUGUAUUAAUUCCUCCUACUCUACGUAUCACAUAUGUUAGUAUUGCAGCAUUAUGUUGGGUGAAUAUUCUUUGCUAUAUAAAAAACGUGCCUUUAGUUAAAUUUAAUGAUAAAAAUUAACAUAAAAAUACAUUACUUCCUUUCUCUCUCUCUGUGAAGUUAUUGCUAUUAUUAAAAAUAUUACAAUAUUUUUA